UCCAUGAGGCUUUUCUACACCGCGAUGUCCCGGCCCGGCCUCGGGGAGCCCCGCUUCAUCGCCGUGGGCUACGUGGACGACACGCAGUUCGGGCGGUUCGACAGCGACUCCCCGGGCCAGAGUGUGGAGCCGCGGGCGCCCUGGGCGGAGCAGGUGGGGCAGGCGGAUCGGGACGCGGAGACUCGGAGCCAAAAGGAGAACGCACAUUGGUUCCAAGCGCACCUGAAUGACCUGCGCGGCCUCUACAACCAGAGCGAGGACGGGUCUCACACCCUCCAGAGGAUGUCUGGCUGCGAGUUGGGGACCAGCGGGCGCCUCCUCCGCGGGUACCAACAAUUCGCCUACGAUGGCGCGGAUUACCUGGCCCUGAACGAGGACCUGCGCUCCUGGACCGCGGCGGACACGGUGGCUCAGAUCACCCGGCGGGAGUGGGAGGCCAGCGGGGAGGCCGAGCGCUUCAGGAACUACCUGGAGGACAUGUGCAUCAUGUGGCUGCGCCAGUUCCUGGAGAUGGGGAAGGAGGUGCUGCAGCGCACAGUUCCCCCAAGGACAUAUGUGGCUCACCACCCCACCUCUGAGCAUGAGGUCACCCUGAGAUGCUGGGCACUGGGCUUCUACCCUGCGGACAUCACCCUGACCUGGCAGCGAGAUGGGGAGAACCUGACCCAGGACGCAGAGCUGGUGGAGACCAGGCCUGGGGGGGAUGGAACCUUCCAGAAGUGGGCAGCUCUGGUGGUGCCUUCUGGAGAGGAGCAGAGAUACACGUGCCAUGUGCAGCACCAGGGGCUGCUGGAGCCCCGAGUCCUCAGAUGGGUGGCCCCUCCUCAGUCCUCCAUCCCCACCGGGGGCAUCAUUGCUGGUCUGGUUCUCCUUCAAGCUGUGCUCACCAGAGCUGCAGUGGCUGCAUUUGUGAUGUGGAGGAAGAAGCGCUCAGGUGAGUAA